AUGGCCGAUGCAUCACAAUUAGAGGCGGAACUUCUUGCCGCCCUGGGCGCUUCAAUUCCGCCGCCAGACAACUCUGCCUCUCCCCAACCAGAUGCGUCCCAACCUCAAGUUCAGCCUGCUCAAGAUGCAGUACUCGAGCCGCCUUCCACUCUUACCGGCCCAGAUGCUCUAGACAAGGCCCUAGAAUCAGCACUUGUCUCAAUUCCCGCUCCUGUUGCCGAUCCCUCGCUCACUGCCCCUCACCCCCUGACCGAUGCUCUUGCAAAUGACGAAUCAAGCACCAAGGUCUCGAGCGCUUCACUUCCCCAGCCUGCCGAGCAGCUUCCCCCUUCCCAGAGCGAUGCAGCAUUGAAUGGGGCUUCUCAGCCCUUGCCCGUCACCGACUCCCUCCCUGCCGCCCUGGAAAACACCGCAGUACGGUCUCCGAAACGAGCCAGAAGUCCGGACAACGACGAUGGGGCUGCCAUCAAGCGAGUGAAGAUGGAGCAGGGAGAACCGAAGGCGGAUAAAGCGGUUGAGGCACCAAACCUUGACCUAGCGGCAAUGCUGAACGAUGCUCUUGCCGCGCUCGACCAGCAAGCGAACCCCCCCAGCAGUGAUAUUGUGAUGCCCGAUGCGCCCGCGCCGCACGCAGCUGUUCCCAUAGGAAGCAUGGCCGAGACAGAAAGUCCAGAGAACAAGAUAAUAAAGGUCUCUACCAACCCCUUCCUGGUCAUGCGCUCCAUGAGUCUCCCGGUUUUGGGGAACGUAGCCGUCCAGAUCCUACUCCGAUUGUCGCAGCAACCCCGGGUCGAGACCGACUCGCUCUUGGCGGACCCCGACUCCGACUUUCGCAAGGCAUAUGACAUGCUGAGGGACAUCUUUGGAGCAACGAGACGGGCUUUCUCCGAUUCCCCGCUACUAUCGCCAGACGAGCUGGAGAUUACCGACUCCGAGGACCGCGAGACAAUACGCAUGUCGAACCUCGCUGCAACGGCGGCGAGUGGCCAGGGAGCUCAUGACGUUCCGCUGAAAGACGUACACGAUGCCUUCUUCUCCAUCUUCAUUCCCGAGGACGGAGAAUACCGGUCAUCGCUCACCGAGUUGCUCCUAUGCUUGAAGACCCGCCUCUUCCUGGAUGCUCUCAGCGCUGGCGAGCAAGGUCAGGGGCCAUCACAGUUACUGGACACACUCUUUCCUGCCGAUUUCGAUGAGUUAUUGAGGCAACGCAGUGGGGAGCUGGUCCUGAGCUCAGAUGAGGAAGGACUCGUUGGCCAGAUCAAAGAGCGGAGGGAUUCUCUCAUGAAGGCGGCGGGUGACGAGUCCAUCAAAAAAUCGUUAGAGGACCAGUCAUCUACUGAGAAGUUCGCGGAGUAUUUGAGUGCCUUCUUACAAGGCCAUCUCGGCGUGAUUGUAGAUUACGCUGAGAAAUACGGGGUAAACAUUCCCCUGAAAGAGGAGGAAAUUGUCCCUGGACGAGAGACGAGCGCUGCACAGCAGCAUGAAGGCGACUGCUUGGCUUCGCUUCUCCAAUCUGCCACAUCUCUUGACGCUCAUUCCGGGGCAGGGACAUCAGGCCAUCCAAAGGAUGGGCUUACACAAGGCCUCCCAAACCAGUCAAGUGGAAUGGAAGAUGGCCUUGACCUCAAGAAGCUCAUUGAGCAGUCGCUUUCUAGCCACAUCCCAGAACUGAACACAGCACCACCAGCUGAUCACCAACCCUCGAAUGGAGUACCCGAUAUCGACUCCAAGAACUUGGCUUCGCUAAUAUCAGAGAAGCUGAACGAUCUCAACAUACCCACCCACGGCUUUCCAAAUCUGUCAAUGCCGGCAUAUCCUUCCAAUGUGACAGAUUCCAGUACCGCAUCGCAGUCUCCGUAUCUCACGCAGUUAAAGCACGCCCAUUCAUCAUCCUAUCAACCGUAUACCCAGAACACGAAUCCUGCAGCUCAAUCUGGACCGGCCGGCGAGGUCCUGCCGCCAAACCAAUCCUUGCCGACCGCCGCCCUCUAUGAAAAGGCUCGCCAAGCCGCCGUGGCCAAGUCUUCCAAUACAACGCGGCGAGAAGGUCUGCAAUCCACACGGAGACCGUGGACUCCCGAAGAGGAAAAAGCGCUCAUGGCCGGGCUGGACAUGGUAAAGGGUCCUCACUGGAGCCAGAUCCUGUCGCUCUUUGGGCAGCAUGGCACGAUUUCCGACAUCUUGAAGGAUCGGACCCAGGUCCAGUUGAAAGACAAAGCGAGAAACUUGAAGCUUUUUUUCCUCAAAACAAACUCGGAGAUGCCCUAUUACCUCCAGAGUGUCACUGGGGAGCUAAAAACCCGAGCACCCAGUCAGGCAGCUCGGAAGGAAGCCGAAGAGAAAGCACGUCUGAAUCUGGAAGAGGAGCAGGCGAGGAUUCAGGGCAUCAUGACUCUAGCUGGCGGCCUGCAGAACAACAACCAUCCAAUCCAAAGCAGUCCGUCCGCUGCCCAGCCAGCUCCUCGACCCGGCACUGUCAUGCCCGCAGUUGGCGCAGUGAACGCGAGCGCGGCGGCGUCCUCAUUGUAUACGCCAACAAGCAACGUGCCAAUCUCUCCUUUAGUGAAAACAGAGAAUACAGAUCAUCACACGUUGCCCAAAAUCACAGGUUUCACCCCUAUACAGCCGGCACCCCCUCAGGCUCCUCCCGUGCAACAGGCACUUAAGCCAGAGCCGCCAUCUUCACCGGCUCAAUCGAGUACUCAACAUCAGCAGGUGAAGCAGCACCUUCAACCGUCACAACACCAGCAAUUCCGGCAGCAACAUCAGCAAGAUAUCCAAAAAGUGUUACAGCAGCAGACCCCACCGCUCCCGCAGCAGCAGACUCCGACACUCCUACAGCAACAGCCCCCAGCACUCCCGCAACAGCAGCCUCCAGCGCACCCGCAACAACAGCAACUGCCGCAACCGUCGGCGCAGCUGAAACCUGAACCCCAAUCGCAGACGCAGCUGAAACCUCUAUCCCAACCGCAGACUCAAGGGCCAAGCCCAGCUCCGGCGACGCCUCAACAGCUUCAACAGCCUCAAACCUCUCAACCGCCUCAGCCCUCUCAACCGCCUCAACCGUCCCAGCCGCCUCAAACCUCUCAACCGCUUCAACCGUCUCAGCCGCGUCAACCGUCUCAGCCACCUCAAACUGCGCAAACAUCUGCUCCGGCAGCCGCGCCAGCGCAACAACCCCAAACAGCCCAACCUCAACAGCCCGAACUGCAGCAGAAGCAAUCCUCACCGCCUGCCAGUAGUAAACCCGCCAAUCCACCACCAGCCCUCCCUCCCCCCUCCAUGCCCCCCAACCACCACUCAACUCUCGACCACGCACAGGAUACCAAGCUCUUUGAGACGUUGCAGGCCGCCAUCGCGGCCGCCUCGUCGUCGACGACGAGCGAGACGCAGCCUGCGCCUCCUGUUGCUGUGUCUGAGGGUAAGAUCAACUAA